GUUCCAAUACGCUUUAUAACUCUUCCCAGGACGACCACCAAAAAACACAAACCCACCAUUUUAUCACCUCCCGCCUCUCACCACCAAUAGAACGCAUUGAAACUAAUCUAAACAAAUUAAAAAGCCUCGAAAACAGAAAGGCAAGGGGACGAACAGGCUGUAACAAAACAGUGAAGCAGGUUUUUAGAUGACUUACACCAUUCUAGUGGAUUAUGUCUCCUGAAAAACACGCCAUAUUGGAUUUCGCUAACAAAUUGUGGCUGAAAUACUGCAGCUAGACGAGGUAUUACUUGAAGUUACACCCCGUGACUCGGUAGACGGGUGCCUCAGCUCCCUGUGACUCGAGGGGCGUGGUAUUCAUGUGUUGGUAACGCGUGACUGACGAGCGAAAGGAGACCAGCGGCGUGUUGUGGCAGCUACAAGACGUGUUACAGUGCUCAAAAUUAUUCUUUCAUGAAGAAUAUUGUGGAAGGUUUGAAACGUGAAGUUUUUUUGUUAAAGUGAAGGAAAACACCUUGAUGAGACUCCUAAAAAGUUGUCAUCAGUGCAGAAUAUGGACAUGACACGGGUCUGUCCAUAAGGACAGAUGUAGCACUAGGGAGAGCUGAGUUGUCACAUAUGCGAGGCCCCUCUGGACCCUGGCUGAGAGGGAUCACAUAAGGACAAACAAGGGGCAGGUGAAGCGGAGGAGACGUGAGGUGACGCGUGGCGGCUAUGUGAUGGCUAGUAGAAGACUCCUGCAUCCCCCACCAACCAUGAUGAUCCUACUGACCCUGGCUGCUCUCCCUGUCAUCUCUGCCCUCAUUCCUGGAGGUAUCACACUGGCCUAUGAUGUGCAGAACGCGGGCCAUGGUUCUUGAUGUGAAACCAGGAACGUUAUCACACACAAUCUGCCUGCCGUCUUACUGUGAUAGACAAACAGCCCACCAACCAAGACCAAGCCUUAUUGAUGAAGAGGAAAAAAAACCUAGAGAAGAACCGAGAGCAUACAGAGAACAGGAAUGGAUAUCAAGCCAUCCCAAGUUUGCUAGACUAAUCUCAAGAAACUUUCGGCUAUCUGGAGCAGAUGUUCCUUGUUCUGCGUAUCAUAGGACAUUGUGAUAACUCCUUAAGGAAACAGCAAAAGUUUAACCAAAUAUGAUGACCAAGACUAAAAAGAAAGGCAGAUCACCAUUAGCCAGUAACCUUGAUGGAAACCAUACUGGCAAUCAGAGGGAAUGGCACAGCCUGCUGAGAAUGUCCAGCCUCAGGUGACACAAUGUGAGCACUAUAAUAGGACUCAGUGUCCUGUUGACAACCCUCUCUCAUCCUUGUGCAAGAAGAAAACCAUUAGUUGUGAUGAGUGGGAUGAUCCAGGAAAGAUCAACCAGUGCUACGUGGUGUGGAGCAACUUGUCUGGCACAGCAGAAGUGAUCUUCAAGGGAUGUUUGUGGGACUACAAGGAUUGUAAGGAUGAGUGCAUCAGCAGUCAGCCAGUCAACAGCUUAACAAAGAAGAAACAUCACCUGUUUUGUUGCUGUGUCCACAACAACUGUAACCAGAAUUUCUCUUGGCAACCAAAAGCAGAGGUCCCUAGCACCACACCAGUCCCACCCCAGGAGCAGGACAUGGUGCAGCCAGUGGCUUGGACCCUUGGCACUCUCAUACUAGUUGUGGUCAUAGUAACAGUACUCUUCUACCUCUACCGCAGACGGAAAAUGGCCAAUUUCAUGGCAAUACCACGAGUGGAGUCUGCAGCCCUAGUUCCUCCUUCUCCGCCAAUGGGCCUGCGACCCAUACAGCUACUGGAAAUCAAAGCCAGAGGACGCUUUGGUGCAGUGUGGAAGGCCAACCUUCAUAAUGACAUUAUUGCUGUCAAGAUCUUUCCAGUCCAGGACAGGCAGUCCUGGAUUGUGGAGGUUGAUGUCUACUCCCUUCCCCAACUCUCCCAUGAAAAUAUUCUACAGUUUAUUGGAGCUGAGAAGCGUGGUGAAAACCUUCAGGCAGAGUUUUGGCUUAUCACUGCUUACCAUGAAAGGGGUUCUCUGUGUGACUAUCUCAAGGCCAAUCUUGUGACCUGGGCUGAGCUGUGCAAGAUAGGAGAGUCCAUGGCCCGUGGGUUGAUGCACAUACAUGAGGAGCAGCCAGCCAGCAGGUGUGAGGCCCUCAAACCCGCUAUUGCACACCGAGACUUCAAAAGUAAGAAUGUCCUCUUGAAGAAUGACCUGACUGCCUGCAUUGCUGACUUUGGCCUUGCCCUGGUCUUCCACCCUGGACAGCCCACUGGAGACACUCAUGGGCAGGUGGGCACAAGGAGGUACAUGGCCCCUGAGGUCUUGGAAGGUGCCAUCAACUUCCAGCGUGAUGCCUUCUUGCGCAUUGACAUGUAUGCCUGUGGCCUUGUGCUGUGGGAAGUGUUGUCCAGAUGUUCAAGCAUGGAUGGACCCAUACCUGAGUACCAUUUGCCAUUUGAAGAAGAGGUUGGUCAGCACCCAACACUGGAUGACAUGCAAGACUGUGUGGUCACUCAGAAGGCAAGACCUGUCAUUCAGGACUCCUGGCGGAAGAAUGCUGCCGUGAUGGGACUGAUAGACACCAUGGAGGAGUGCUGGGACCAUGAUGCAGAGGCCCGUCUCUCAGCCUCAUGUGUGGUGGAGAGGCUCACCAGCUUCUCCAGGAAUCCCCAGUUUUCCCCUACCUCAAAUCCACAGAAGGAGUCGAGUAUAUAAGGCCAAGGUGUGGUGGCCACGUACCUGGACAAGUACCUGUGCUGUAACCGCCUAUGAGGGUCCUGGUGCGGGAGAGAGCCCAGCCACCACGUCCCACAGGCACCAGCUGUGUUGGGGGCCUCGUGUGUCGGCCUCAGUACCCCCCCUCCCUUCUCCAAUCAGCUGCACACCACAGCCAGACACUUUGUCAUAUUCACAGUUUCCCUGGUGACAGCAGUUUUAACUGGUCAAAGAGGGUUGGAUUCAGGGGACUUUUUCAUUUAGGAAAAAAAAGUUGUACUUUUAUUCUCAACAUCUAAAUUUGGUACUGAUGGGUGAGAGUCUAUGUAAGUUAGAUAGAUACGUCUUCCUGUAAUUAAUUAGUGCAAUAGUUUGAUAUCCCUGGCGGUGCUUCAAAUGCAUUUUUUGUGGACUUGGAUGCAAAAAGUUAUAGUGUAAAAUAAAUUUGGGAUCUAAGAGUCCAACCAAUACUUAUCUGGCUUGUGUGGUUGGGAGAGGGGGGAGGCUUAAGUGUGGUGCCAAAGGGGUCAACAGGGAAGUUCUGGGACUGCUAGGAAGAGCCACCCUACUGAAGGUAGUUUGUGAGAACUCACUCCAUGGCCUCAUGACUCGCCUUAAGUUGAAAUGCACUAAUAUAUGACCCUCUCCAGCAUUACUGUUGGGAUGACAUUUCCUUGUUUGGGCUUGAAAGGGUAAUCAUUAUUUAGCUGUAUAAUUGUUGUCUAAAAAGGGAAAUUGAUGUGUUCUUUGAGGUAUUUACUUUGAUAUGAUAUUGAUAUUGGCUCUUUAUCAAGUUCUUAUGUUGAAACAUCUAAGAAGAAAACCAUGAACAAUUUAGUGCAAGAAUGCAUAUGUGGCAGCUAUUUCUGAGGAAGUAAAGAUCUCCAGGUUUGUGCAUCACAGUGCUGCAGUAAUGAAAGAAGCACCCAGCAGUAAAAUUAUUUUCGUAUAAUGACCACAAGUAAAUCAAGUUUCAAGAGGAAUGUUUUCAUGUGCCAUCCACACUGGGACCAUCUUGGGCAUUCCUACCUCAGAAUUCUCACUCAGUCAGUCUCCUGAGAUGAGUUGUGGAACAUCAGUACUGCUAUCAUCUUGUGGGACUUUUCAGGAGUGCGUAUUCCGAGUUUUCUUUCACCAUCUGAAUGUUUGUAGUUGUGUGUGGUGAAACUGGAGAUGAUGCAUGGAGAGUGAUGUUCACGGCUGUCAAUGCGUGUCAUGUUACAGAGAAACGUGGUGUCUAUAAGAACCAUCAACAGACUAUUGCAUCCAGCCAUUCAACUUUUGCAGCUCAGUGCAGCUUCAAGCUCAGUAACUCAGGCAAAAGGAAAACUAUGGUUGUGCCUCCCUGGCAAGUGUCUAUGGCGUAUGGGGAAGAGUGGCCAUGGGUUCGUCAGUCCAAAAUUAAAUGUCUCCCAUUCCUGUCUUGGAAACUGGAUGGGUUGAAGUGAUUUAAUUUUAGUGUCUUGAUUAGUGACUUUGUUUUUUUCAUUUAUUGUGUUGGAAGACUGUAAAGUGUGAAAGAUUACUUAAAAAAAGAAAGAAAGAAAAAGACAUGAAAGAAAUAAGCACUUCAGUUUAUUAACUAGUAAUGUGUCAGCCUAUACCAGCAGACCUCCAGCAAUGACUGCUGACCUAGUAGGACACAAGACGAGCCCAGCCAUUGUGAGGCCAGUGGAGGGCCACAAUCGGGCUGCCCCUUUACUGUCAGCUCAGGACAAACUUCAGUGACCACCCUGUUACCACUUUGCCCCCACACACGUACAUACAUACCCUCAUCCUGUAUAUAUUUGCGCCUUGUUUGUAGCAUUACACAAGUUGUCGCCAACAAAAUGGAACUAGUGAUUAUUUUAAAUGUGGUUUAUUUGUGAAACCAAUGGUGCUUUUUUUCUUCUAUUUCCAAGAUGAAUGUUAAUUGUUACACAUUGAAUCAAGCUGGCAUGAGUGUGGAAACCAAGAGGCACAUUGCCCACUCAGCAUUGUAAAUACCUCAUUAUUGUACACAGCAUUAUGACUUGUGACAUCCAGACCUCACCAUGACAGAUCAUGAGUGCAUAUAAGCAGAAUUCUUCGUGAUUGUGGACAGUUAUCGUUCUCUUGUGUCGGGGAACUUGUUGUUGGAAAGCCAUAAAAAGUCGUGGAGGCCUAGAAAAAAAACAGAAAAAGAAAAGCUGAAGUAAACUGUGGUCUCUAUAAUCCAAUUCCUGUUAUUGUCAUUAAGCCAUCAAGAGGCUAUGUAAGCGAGACCAAGCAAGAGAAGUAAAACUUAGACUCACAUCCAAAGGAAGCAUGAAGGUCGUCUGCUGUAAGGCUUUCUGAGGCAAGGAUGAGGCAGUGUGACUGUCAAACGAGGACUGGAGUUGUCAUGUGAUAGAUUGGAUACGUACAGGGACUCUCAGGCACAGGUUAAGCCUCUGCCCCGGGAACCACUCCGUCACUGUUACAAGACUGUGUAUGGGGGGAAAAUUGCUAUUUUCUUCUACUUCUUGAAUUUAUUUGAUUUUUAUUUAUUUUUAUGUUCAUUACUUGUUAGGACACCCCCUUUAUCCUUGUUGUUCCUUGCAGGCAUGAAUGUAAUGUCUCAUAUAUCUGUAUCCCAUGUAGUAGUAUAAAGUAUUUGAUAUGAAGCUUACUCCCCAUGAACAAUCUUAUGAGGUGAAAUGUAAUGUUGGACGUGGUCAGUGAAAUGUGCAGCAUAAUUCAAAUUCUCGGAAGAUCUAGAAGGCUGCACAUGGGACGUCUGAGUUGCAUUAUUUUCAGUAAUGUGAGUAAAAUAUUGUCAGGAAUGUUAGGAAAUCAUUGAUCAACUUAACCAUAUAAAACUGCAUUCACAUCUGACACAUGCACAUAAAAGAUGGAUAAAAUUACACCAUAAAGUGUAAGGAGUCAAUGAGAGCAAUCUCAAUGAUAAAAGUUAAUUAAAUAGGGAUUUGCACUAUUACUUCAAAGUAAUUAUUGUUAUAUUUUUAUAAUAUAUUUAUUUGAAGGAAAAAGAAUUAAUGUUGAGAGUUCUUUGGAGCAUGCUCAUUAAAUUUUUGUAAUACAGAGUGUAUCCAAAGUCGAAAUCACCAUUUAAUUAGUUGGAUAUUAUGACCAAUAGGAAAGGAAGUGGUUGAUGAUGGGAAGCCUGACCCCCAGUGUGAGUUAGCUCUUUCUUGUCUGUGGGCGGCACAGCAUCACAGUCUGCUCAUCUACACGGGCCUCAACCCACUGCCCUCCUGUCCACCUGUGAGGCUCAGAGUAAUCCUGAGGCCUCCACUAAUGCACUUGUUAAACAAAACAUAUAUUCAUCCAGUGAAUUAUAGUGACAAGUGACAGUAUUUUGUACAUUUGUUAUUGUAUGUGGAGAAUCCACAACCAUGAAGGAACAAGCCUUAGUGUUUAAAGGACCUUAUUUAUAAUUUUAUAAAUUAUAUAAAAAAUGGUAAAUUGGCUGUUGAAUAUAAGAGAUACUAAAACCAAAUUUGAAUAAUAUUAGUGUUUUACACUGUCGGCUCUGAGAAGCUGCUGCUUUAAUUCAGCCUUUGUGUCCUAGACAGGGCUAGCAGAGUCUGCUUCAUGAGCCAUCAUUGCUCUAAGCAUUUAGUUUUGAUACACAGAGUUUUGUGUGCCAAAAUAUUACCACUCCCUCAUACUUCCAGCCCCAGAUACCUUCAUACAAGACAAUGACAAUUCAGGGACAUGGAGUCUAAGUUUGGCUCCGCAAUGGGAGUUUUGAGGUGGAGUUUGUCACCAGAGGUAGGGAAUGUCACUAUCUUACAACAAAGCACAAUUUAAUGUAUUGUGGUGUUGUGGUGGUUCAGGCUGGGCUUGCAAGUCAGUCACUCAAGCACCCAUCACAACAACACUGUCCAACUCCAAACCUCUCGCAGCAGAUAUGGCCACAUUCCAUCCCACCAUCACCAUCACUUCAUUACCUCAUAAGUUACUGGUCAGGUCAGGUGGCAUCAGGUACAAUAUUUUAAUUUUUGCCAGGCAUCUCAUCCCUCAGCAUUUGUUAUCAUCCCCCACAGACCUGCAGGUUCAGCAGUCACUGGUGUGAGUGUGGCUCAGUCACACUCACUUUAUCUCAGGCAUCUAAGUUUGUACAACAUUCAUCUCCCUGGUCUCCACAUCAUGUUUAUAUAUUGCAGGUUUAUUCAUCCCGUGUACAAUAUUCAUCCCAAAUCAUCCUUCUUAAUUGUAUAUUUACUGAUGUACUCAUCCCAAGUCAGGAGCUCCUUUUUUAUCUUCCUUUUUUAAAAUUUUUAUUUUAUUUAUUUUUUAUUUGUUUAUUUUUUAUUUUUUCUACUGAGUUUAAAAAAACAGGUUAAAUGUUCCCUAAAGUACUUCUGUCUUCCCAUCUGCCAACUGUUGCUUCCAGUCCCCCUGGGGGCAGCUCACAGUGGCAAUGGUGUAGGUUGUCACACUUGGGGUAGGCUUCCGGUGCCACCUGCCAGAACCCUCCAUGCUCACAAGAUGUUCAGCUCCUUUAAUUAGAUCCACCAGUGGAGUCAUACAUGCAUGUGCACUAAUGCUCAGGCCUACACACACAUGUACAUGCCAUACAAGUAAAGACAGUAGUAUACAUAAAUGCACGUAUCCAUGUAAUAUUUUUAUUGACACUUGAGUAUUUAUGCACACAUACAUUAAACAGUUCAAAUACAUGAAUGUUUGCAAUAUUUACUUGGCUUAACAUGUGAACUUUUAUUCCUUAAGUUUUGGUAGAGCAUGUGUGAGGUGGUGGUGGCCAGCUGGUGACCCCCAGCUGGACCACCUCAGCUGGGAAGUCAGGGAAGCUACCAUUUGUGACAAGAUAAUGAUUUAGUUUAGUUCACUUGUAGUGUACAAUUAGAUCUGAGUUUUUUCUUUUUUUUCAGUUUACACAAUUUUUAUGCAUUUUUUAUCUUAUAUUUGCUUGUUACACUAGAUUAGAAGAAAUUUAAUUUGUCUUUUUUAGGCAGACUGACUUGUGUAACAUUGUUUUGCAUUAAGGCAGGUAUUUUUUUGAUGUUUAGGAUGCAGCAUGAAAGAGGUCAGUGAAUACUGCUUGCUGAUUGCAUCACCUGAUGUUCAUACUGUCAUGAUAUGAAAGUUAAAUCCUUUUUUUUUUUUUUUUUUUUUUUUUUUUUUUUUCAUGGAUAAUUAA